UGUCAGGACGACAUCAAUAACAUCGAGGGUCACGGUUAAAUAUUUCGACUACAACAGCUUCAUUUUUUUAUAUUAGGAUUUUAAGAUAUCCGUAAGAUUACUAUCACGAUGAAUGGAGCAGAGGGUGCAACCGGAAGCACGGUCAAUCUGGCAGGGGGCAAUAACGGGGGACAGGUCAACUCCCGACUGUUGCUUAUUUUGAUUGCGGUACUUGGAGUAGUAGCAAUCAUAGGGUUAAUCUUGGCAGCUGUUGCGUUGGGCAGACCCACUGGAACCUCCGUGACAGUCCAGCCGGCUGGAAGUGGUGAUGGGUCAGCGGCGAAGGUCUCUCAAAGUGGCAAAAGGAUCUGGAGUAUUGAAAUCGGCCAUGACUAUGGAGCAUUCGAGUAUAUAGAUGACGAAGGAUACCUACAAGGCUUUAACUUUGACCUUAUAAAAGCUGUGUGCGAUGCGGCCGACAUGGACUGUAGGACCGUAUGGGACAAGUAUAGCAACUGCAUGAACUCUGAAGCAGGGGAGCAUUCGAUGGGAGGACAAGGUCUGCUAGACGGAUGGUACGAUGCAUGUAUGGGCUGGGUUCCAACCAUUGGAAGAACACACGUUUUCUCAUUUGCCCAAUCCUAUGGCAAACCGACCAUGGCACAGUUUUAUGUGAAGAAUGAUGAUGUCACUUUCAAUCCAAGUGACAUUACUGGGAAGAAAAUAGGUUUCAUUGAUGGAUGGGCGUACGAUGAGAAAUGCGUUGCCAAACAAAAAUCCAUCACAGGGUCGACUUUAGAUCGUGCUAACAUUGUUCAUGUUAGCAGUCCAACUGAACUCAUCCCAAUGAUAACCAACGGCAAGGUAGAUGCAGUGUUCACGGGAGAGGAGAAUAUGAAGACAGCUGUUAAAGACGGUAUAGUGAAGAAAUCUGGUGGUGACAUUAGUUGUAUGCUCGGAGGAGUUGCAGUAAUGGCCAGAAAAGACAGUUCUUUCAUUGCCCUGUGGAAUGAAGGAUUCAGAAAAAUCAAGGCAAAUGGAGAAUUUGAUAAGCUUUGCGAUUCGGAUAAGCACAGUAGCAAAGGGACGGUUGACUGUGUGCCAAGCAUGAAGUAGGAUUCACAAUACUGCAUGCGAACGUGACAAUUCUAAUUACAAUUGAGAACAAUAUUGUACAGAAUAUCAUAAUCCUGGCAUGGGCAUGAAAUCUUCAGCCAAUCGAGAUUUACCCGGACAGGCCUGUGGCUAGGUUUUGCCAAUGGGGGUUCACUCUUCAAAAAUUUCCAGGGGGUUAAUAUUUGUCAAAUUUAGCCAAAAGUCACUUAAA